GAGUUCAUUUGCUAACUGCCUCGGCAACAGGCGAUCGAUCAGCUUUUAGCCGCUUCGGCAACCGAGCCGUCCGUCCACCCCCGCUAUUUACUCCGCUACACCUGCCCCUCUUCUCCUCGCUUUCCGAUCGAACCCUUCGUUCCAAGGUCGAUCGCCGCCGCGCGCAAGCGGGCGGACCGGCGGACGCGUGUGCUGCGCCGCUGACCCGUUCCAAGCUUCCCGGGGCCCGCCGUUAGGAGCGAGCACAUGGAUGCGCGCAAGUACUGUCCAUCUAGGUGAGUCGGUGGUAAGCUCUGGUGGUGGCGGCGGCUGAACAGGGUGUGCGCAAUUGGUGCACACAAUAUGUUUGAUGAUAUGUCUGCAAGGAGCUAGCCCGCUCUCUUUGCCCUUCUGGCUGCCGCUCUCUAGUGGUUCAAGGCGUGAUUAUGAUGGGAAUUUGGCUCAAGCAAGUUUGUUUCGCUGGUUGUUGCUGAAUGUAGGACGCGUUUUUGGUGCGAGUUGGUCAGUGCGCUAAUGCAGAGCACACCAGGUGUUUGAUGAUAUGCCUGCUGCAAGGAGUUUUCCCGUCCCUUCAUUCUGCUCUUUUUCCCCUUUCUGCUUACACAACUCAAUGAGGCCUCUGCCAGGUUUCGAUUUAGUUCAACCAAGAGAGCACCACAACAACAACAAUGCUGGACCUGAUUUCCAUGUUAGCUGAUGAUUUGGCGCUGGCUGAGGAUCUGCAGGUCGAAGAGGUUCUCCGAUUCUCAACUCACUCGGAGAGGGUCUGUGCAGUUUGCAAACUGGUGAUCCCAUCGUUAGCUGAUGAUUUGGCGCUGGCUGAGGAUCUGCAGGUCGAAGAGGUUCUCCGAUUCUCAACUCACUCGGAGAGGGUCUGUGCAGUUUGCAAACUGGUGAUCCCAUCGUUGGAAGCGUCAUGGAAACCUGACAACUGUGACCAUGUCAUCUGCAUUGCCUGCUUCUGGCAAUAUGCACCCGAGACAGAGGCCACCGGACUGCCCAGGUGUGCAGUGGCUUCUUGUGAAUCUUUAUGCAAGCCAGAGACACAUCAGGGGAUCAAUGUGGGUCAUAGCACCUUGAUCUCAAUCGAAGACAUGGACAGCUGCAAAGGGAAAAAACCAUUGGAUGGUAUGCCUCAGGAACUUGGCCAAUGCUCUCGUGGUGCGAAUGCGAUGGCCAGCAGCGAGUUCUACUGCAACAUAUGCAUGGAGACAGUGCACGUCAGAGAGCUCUUCCCUAUUUCCGGGUGCACACACCUCUUCUGCAUCAGCUGCGUGAGCCAGUACAUCACUGCGAAGGUCGAGGAUAACGUGUUGUCCAUUGGCUGCCCUGAACCGGGAUGCAAGGAUGGUACAUUGGACCCGGAGGCAUGCCGUGACAUGAUCUCGCUGCAGCUGUACCAGAGGUGGGGCGCUGCACUCUGCGACUCGGCACUGGGGGCAUUCAAGUUCUACUGCCCGUUCAAGGACUGCUCGGCGCUGCUGGCCGAUGAUCGUGGCCACGGCGAGACAGCAAUAACAAAAGCUGAGUGUCCACACUGCUGCCGGUUGUUCUGUGCCCAGUGCAAGGUUGCAUGGCACGACGGCGUCACCUGUGCAGAGUUCCAGCAGCUUGGGAAGGAUGAGCGGGGCAAGGACGACCUGCUGCUGAAGAAGGUCGCGCAAGAGAGCAAGUGGCAGAGGUGCCCCAAGUGCAAGAUGUAUGUAGAGAGGGCCGAGGGCUGCGUGUACAUCGUCUGCAGGUGUCAGCACUGCUUCUGCUACCUCUGUGCAUCCCCAAUGUCUAGGGGCAACCAUCAUUGCAGCAGGUGCAAGAGAACCUGGUGAAUGACCUGAAGCUGCAAAACUCUACGUGAGGGAAGGAAGUUCUUAACUCUACUAAAACCGUUCAAUUGCUGUUAUGACUUAUGAAUGUUUUAGCUAAGCAUUGGCUCGUGCACUUCCGAUUUGGCAAAAUCGGUCUCAGAAGUAGCACUGGAGCUGUAGUAGUUAACAUCACAAAGUAUUGUUUAGGAAAUGGUGUCACAGGAAUGGUUUUGCAGCCUUUUGUAUUAGCGAUAUAUGAAGGAGCUGAUGACUUUCUUAUGAAGACAGUAACAUGUGCUACCUUGGAAGGGACCUAGAUGUGUUCCUUUUAUGGAAUCACUGAACAUGCGAAUGAAAUAUUGAAAUAUUGUAUGAACU